CCUUUCAUCCUCUCUACCUAUAGCCUCUUCCUUUGCCCCUUUGAUCCUCUCCCUUUCUCCGAAUGCUCAUGAGCUGGUCCCCAGAGGAGUGCAGGGGCCAGGGAGAGCCUCAGGGUGACAGACACACCCUCUGUGCCAGACUGGUGGAGAAGCCUGACAGAGAGUCUGAGGAGCACCUUAAGCCUGGCCUGGGACCCAUCAUCACCCGCACAGCUUCAGGACCUGCCCUUGCCUUCUGGCAGGCAGUAGUGGCUGGGGAUGUGGGCUCUGUCUCUCAAAUCCUCGCAGACUCCGGCACUGGCCUGGCUCCAGACUCCAUCUUUGAUACCAGCGACCCAGAGCGAUGGAGAGAUUUCCGCUUCAACAUCCGUGCUCUGAGACUCUGGUCUCUAACAUAUGAAGAGGAGCUGACCACUCCAUUGCAUGUGGCAGCUAGCCGUGGUCAUACUGAAGUUCUGCGGUUGCUGCUGAGGCGUCGGGCAAGGCCAGACAGUGCCCCUGGAGGCCGCACUGCGCUGCAUGAAGCCUGUACUGCAGGUCACUCCGCCUGUGUCCAUGCACUGCUGGUGGCGGGAGCUGACCCCAACAUGCCUGACCAGGACGGGAAACGCCCUUUGCAUCUCUGUCGGGGCCCUGGUAUCCUUGAGUGUGUGGAGUUGCUCCUGAAGUUUGGGGCACAUGUGGACGGUCGGUCUGAAGAUGGAGAAGAGACUCCUUUGCACAUAGCUGCCCGGCUUGGCCAUGUGGAACUAGCAGACUUGCUUCUAAGAUGGGGUGCAUGUCCUGAUGCCCGCAAUGCUGAAGGCUGGACACCACUGCUGGCUGCCUGUGAUGUCCGCUGUCAAUCCCCCGCAGAUGCUGAGGCCACCACCAACCGCUGUUUCCAACUGUGUAGCUUGCUGCUCUCAGUUGGGGCAGAUGCUGAUGCUGCUGACCAGGACAAGCAGCGGCCCCUGCACCUGGCCUGCCGCCGGGGUCAUUCAGCUGUCGUGGAGCUGCUCCUGUCCUGUGGUGUCAGUGCUAAUGCCAUGGACUAUGGGGGACAUACACCUCUGCACUGUGCUCUGCAAGGUCCAGCUACAGCCCUGGCCCACAGCCCUGAGCUCAUGGUGCGAGCUCUACUCAAUCAUGGUGCUGUCCGAGUCUGGCCAGGGGCACUUCCCAAGGUGCUAGAACGCUGGUGCAUGUCCCCAAGGACCAUCGAGGUGCUGAUGAACACCUACUGUGUGGUGCAGCUUCCUGAGGAGGCCAAGGGCUUGGUACCACCUGAAAUUAUGCAGAAGCACCGUGGGUUCUACUCUUCCCUCUUUGCCUUGGUGAGGCAGCCCAGGUCAUUGCAGCACCUUAGCCGCUGUGCACUCCGAUGUCACCUGGAGGGCAGCCUGCCCCAUGCACUGCUUCAACUUCCCCUGCCAUCCUGCCUGCUCCGCUACCUGCAGCUGGAGUUUGAGGAUAUGCUUUACUAG